CUUGCCAACUUCUUUGACAAACUCAUCAACUCAUUAUGCAUGUUCAAGACAAGGUUGCCAUCAUCACUGGCGCUUCUUCAGGUUUCGGUAGAGCACUUGCAUUGCGACUCGUUAGCAAAGGCGGCAAGGUCAUUCUUGCAGAUAUCGAUGUCAAGGAUGGAGAACAAUUAGCCAAAGAGUUGAAUGAAGGCAAGAACCAAAAGGUGGCACAUUUUAUCAAGGUCGAUGUUACAAACCCCAAUGAGCAAGCAGAGAUGUUCCAAGCAGCCGAGAAAUAUUUCGGAAGGGUUGAUAUCAUCGUGAACAAUGCAGGGAUUGCGGAACUUACACCUUUAUGGGAGGAUGAAAAGGGAACCUGGAGAAGAGUGCUGGAUGUUGAUCUUAUUGCAGUUAUUGAAGGAACCCGUCUUGGAAUUCAGGCCUUAAAAAAACAUGGUCAAGGAGGAAGAGGCGGAGUUAUUAUCAACACAGCCUCAUUGGCGGGUAUUUACCCUCAAUCAUACGUACCAGCGUACUCGGCAGCAAAGUCUGGCGUCAUCGCCCUCACUCGUUCAUUCAAGAACUUUGGCGAUAAUAUUCGUGUGAACGCUGUGGCACCGAGCUUUAGCGAGACAAAGAUUUUUCCUGCGUUCGAAGAAGCAUUCAAGGCCCUUGGGGAGACCUUUAAUCCUGUCGAGCGGGUCAUUGAUGCAUUUAUGAUGCUGAUCGAAGACGAUUCUUAUAGAGGCGAUGUCUUACGAGUUACUCCUCAGUACGGCAUUACUGUCCUGGACCGUAGAGGUAAAGCCAAGCUUUGAGUGACAAUGACAGGAAAGUAUCAAUGUGACUGCUGGCAAAAAUUGUCGCGUGAACUAGUGACCUAGGGGGAUUUUGUUUAUUAAAAUGUC